UGGUAUUCUGAUAGAGGCAUACCUUAUCGCAGAGGUUACCUAUUCCACGGCCCGCCUGGGACCGGAAAGACAUCAUUUGCAGUCGCCAUUGCUUCACAAUUCUAUCUCCCAAUAUAUACCUAUAACCUCAAGGAUUCGGGCCUCACCGACGAGAAACUCGGUAAGCUCAUUAGGAGGUCGCCGUCGCGGUGUCUCAUUGUGUUUGACGAUAUCGACGUUAUCGGUGACAAACCAGGCGUUUCACUCCCGGGCCUCCUUACCGCCAUUGACGGCCCAUCCUCGCACGAAGGCCAUAUCCUUAUUAUGACUACCAAUAUACCUGAUGGACUCAACGAUGCGCUGGUCAGACCCGAACGAAUCGAUCGAAAGGUCUAG